AUGACUUCUUUUUUGUGGCCUUCCUCACCAUCGGCAACAGUCGCUGUUCUAGUCUUAUUCUACUGUCUUCCUGUUAAUUAUGUUGGUUUAUGUUGUAAACUUUACACUAUUGCUUAUCUUAUUUUUAUGGCCAUCGGUUAUCUAUUUUCAUCAAAACGAUCUUUACGUCGUUUAACUCUAUUGGCUAAUAAAUCAUCUUAUGCACUAGUCACGGGUGCAUCAAGUGGCAUAGGUGCUCAAAUAUGCCGUCAUCUAAUUCAACAUGAUUUUAAUCUUAUUAUGGUUGCUAGAUCAGAAACAAAACUUCAUACAUUGGCUGAUGAACUUCGACAAAUCAAUGAUAAAAUCAAUAUUCACACAAUUAUUCAAGAUCUUACUGAAUACAAUGCAGUUGAAAAUUUGAUCAAUCGAAUUGAUACUUUAAAAAAUGUUAAUAUUGAUAUAAUUAUUAAUAACGCAGGUCGAGGUUGUACAAAACCAUUUUUUCAAACAUCAACAAGUGGCAUGGCAUACGAACAAAUGAUUGCUCUUCAUAUACGUGUUCCUACUCUUCUGAUUCGUCACUAUGUGCCUAAAAUGCUUGAUCGACCAUCACGCAUCGUUAAUAUUUCGAGUGAAAUAUCGUAUAUGUCAUCACCACGUGCUGCUAUGUAUGCAUCAACAAAAGCUUUUCUAACGCAAUUAACUACAUCUCUUGAUUACGAAAUAGAACAAUUCAAUGAUAGCAAUAGUAAGAAUAAUGUUUCUCUUUUAUUGGCUACGCCUGGACCAACGUUAAAUACAGAAUUCGAUCAUCACGAUGAUUCCGUUGUAUUUCGUCUUCCAUUUGUAACUCUAACAGCCGAGCAAGUUGCUAGCCAAAUUGUGGAUGCUUGUUUACGGGGUGAUCGUUUUUGUACACCCGGUUGGGCUAAUCAAUUGACCAUUUGGUUAAUGACAAAAGUACCGCUUAAUUUUACACAUCUUGUUUGUUGGCUUCUUUGGGCAUCAUGGUCUGAAGUUAAACAAUGGCUUUAUGAACGACGUCAUUUGGUUAUUGUUUGUUUUAAUUUAAUCUUUUUUCUUUUCGUUCUUACUUGCUUUCUUUUGAUGGAUAAAAUUGUUGAAAAUCUUAAAAAGCAAUUGGAAAAGCCCAAAAUUACAACUACAGAAGAAAAUGAAUUUGAUUUAUUUACAAAAUUUUUAAGAGAAGGACAUGAAACGCCUCAUCAAGAUGCAGCAACACUAAAUAAGAAACUCCAUAUACCCAGAGAUGGAGCACUAGGACAUGCUCAUCAUCAUUUCACAAAAAUACCAAAAUUUUAUGAAAACAUUCCAACUGAUCCACUCGGUAGAAAAUUACGCGAAGAAGCACGAGCCUUAUUUCUUCAUCGAAAAAGUCAAGAAAUCAUUAGCAGUGAUGAAGCAAAUUCAUUAUUAACAUUAUUAGAAGAAAAUGCUUCCGCUCCACUUGAUCCUGAAUCACCGAAAAUAAAUUAUGAUGAUUUUAUGCGAGUUGUUCAAAAAGCAACUCCAGCCAUUGCUAAUCUUUUUCCACCAACAAUUUUUGCUGAUCUCUAUCAAAAUGAUCCUUACGGUCGUGUACGUAUACUUGAUCUAUAUCAAUAUACGAUGCGUAAAAUGUGGUAUCAUCAUUCUCGUAUGGGUUUAUCACUGUAUGAUAGCAUUGGCCAAGGAUAUCUUCGAGAAUCUGAUUUAGAAGAUUAUAUAUACGAAUUAAUUCCAACCAUGCAUCAAUUAUCACAAUUACAAGAAACGUUUUAUAAAUUUUAUGUUUGUACAGCAGUACGAAAAUUCUUUUUCUUUCUGGAUCCGUUACGUACAGGACGUAUUGCUAUACCAGAUAUACUUUGUAGUGGUUACCUCGAUAAAUUACUUGAAUUACGUGAAGAAGAUGCUGAGCCAGAUGAUCUUGAACAAAAUUGGUUUUCAUGUCAAUCAGCUUCAAAAAUUUAUACACGAUAUUUACAGCUCGAUAAAGAUCAUAAUGGUUUAUUAUCACGAGAUGAAUUAGCCAAAUAUAAUUCGAGUACAUUGACACCUGUAUUUAUUAUACGUGUUUUUCAAGAAUGUUUAACAUAUGGUGGUGAAAUGGAUUAUAAAUCAUAUUUAGAUUUUGUUCUUGCGCUUGAAAAUCGAAAUUCACCACAAAGUCUUCGUUAUCUUUUUCAAAUCAUGGACAUUGAUAAUAAAGGCUAUUUACAUCCUGGUGAUUUAAACUUUUUUUAUCGAGGCAUGAUUCAAAUGUUAUCCACAAGACCAUUAACUGAUAUACCUCCAUUUAAUAAUGUUCAAAAUGAAAUAUUCGAUAUGGUUAAACCUGUUGAUUCAAUGCGUAUUACAUUAAAAGAUCUUAUCAAUUGUGGACAAGGUGGCUUAGUACUUUCAAUUCUCAUUGAUAUUGGAAGUUUUUGGACCUAUGAAAAUCGUGAAAGUCUUAUACCACAAACAUCGACAAAAGAUGACUCAAUUCAUAUAAAAAAAGCUAUUCAUGCUAUGAAUACAAGUCAAUCAUCGCUGUGCUUAAAUCAAUUUUCUUGGGAAGAAUGGGAUAAUCAAAUGAUUGUUGUAUUAUAUCGGUGUGAUCGACGUUUUGUUGUUCAACGAUAUAUUGAACGAGUUCUUGCAAAUUCUUCUCAAUGGCAACGAUUAGCUAAAUCGUCAUUUUCAUCGAUAGAACCAAUUGGUCGAACAUAUAAAAUGAUGGAAAAUGAAGUUAAAUUAAUGCACAAGAUAUUUUCGUGGCAUUUGAAUGAAACUUUAUCGUUUUCUAUUAUUGGUGAACUCGAUCAGCUACUUGACUGGGAAGAUUUACUUGAUUUUAUCGAACGAGCACAGAUGACUUCAAAAAAUAAUAAACGAAAUCAAUCAAAAACAAUAAACUCACCAUCAAUUGUACCGACUAUUCCCGUUGGCACAUCUGUACUAACAAUGAAAAUUUUAGAAAAAAAUCCAAUUACAGACAAUUUACAAGCGAAAAAAAACGAUUUAGCACCAAUUAAAAUGAAUAAAAAAGUUCUACAACAACAACGUUCUUUUGAUGAAAAUACAUUGUCGUCUUCAUCUAAUAAUUGGAUACAAAUAAAUAAUAUCUGUAUUCCAUAUAUAAAUAAAUCACAACAAUCGCGUCUUCUACCUUAUCAAGUUUUAGUCGAUUGCGAUUUACUCAAUGAAAAAGAUCAAUCGUUUCUUUUUCAUUUUACUACAAAAGCUACUUCUAUUGAUAUUGAAAAUUUUGAAAAAAUUAUAUCAACAUCAUCUUCAAUCGAUUUUACGCUAGAUAAUGAUUUAAUACUUAUUGAUUUGUAUCAUUUAAUAUUUGGAAUGUCAAAAGUUCUUUAUGUUAAAUUGCUCAACAAUCAACGUGAUGUAAAUAAAAGCUAUAAAACAGUUUUGGCACAACGUGGUGGUACUGUGCUUGUUCAUUCUCGUUCAGUUCCGUUUAUUACUGUUGGUAAACGUGAUUGCAUGUUGCUUGAAUCAUUAUCAACAACCCUACAACUAACAGCAAAAACCAUGUCUAGUCUCCGUCGGCAUUCUCUACCUGCUCAUUCUCAUCAAAUCGAUUAUCUGCGUCUGGUAGAAUUUUAUCGACGGAUAUAUCAACAAGAUGAUAGUAAAAAUUUAAAUCAACAACAGCAAUUACUUGUAAAUAUUGAUGAAAUUCAGAAAUACGUUGAUGAAAAUGAUAUUAUUAUUGAUAUGACAUUAGCACAAUAUCAACAAGUUGAAUUUCAAAAAUUAAAAAACCAAAUAAAUAAAUCAAAACGAAAUCCAACGAAACGCAAAGCAAACACCACUAUGAAUGAAUUACAAAAUAGAACAAUAGAACUAGAAUGA